GAAAUCCAGGCAGUAGCGACGUAUAUGUGGACACUGGGGCCGUCAUAAAAUGCCAACGUUUGGCAGUGUAUCUCAAAGAUGGCUCUAACGUAUUCCUGAAUGGCACAGUAACAUGCACUACGUCAUUUAAUAGUCUGAAUGUUCGAGUUAUAUCUGGCAAUCUGCAUGUAAGUGUGAGCGGGAUUCUAGGAGAAAAGGUCUUCACAGACAACGUAUCCGAUAAAGAUAUCAUGAAAACAAAUAAGACGAAAAAUCAACACACGGACAGUUUCAAUGGAUAUAAAACUCCACCAAGCACGUUAGAACAGAACAGCAAGAUCGACCCAUCCUAUAAACAGGAUGCAAAGACUGACUCGUCAGAUCAACACAAUACCAAGGCCGAAACAAACAAACUGUAUUUAGAAAUUGUCGAAGGGAACUUGACAAAUUUUGGUAGAAUCUGUGCUAAAGAGUACCUGUUGUUGAUCUGCGACACCUUGAUGCUCUGUGAGGAUUCCGAGUAUGAUACAGCAUCAAGAGGGUUUCGCAGUUACACUGCAUUGCAAAAAGAAUCUGGAUUUUUGUCAAGUAUUUGCGUACAAGAAAAUCCAAAGCAAAGCUCUUCGUCUUAUGAUCCUCGAUUACUUCUAACUGUGCGAAGUCUUGAUUCUAAACGUUUGAUAUCCAUUUUGAAUGAAGAAGUCGAUCCAACGGUCGAAGUAGAUGAUCGUAGUAUCUACACUGAAUUUAAUAAUAUCUGUAGGGAAGGAAGUAGAGCAACUUACGAUAAAGAUAAAGUGGAGAAAGAAUUGAUACGUGGAAGUUUGAACACCUGGAAGUGGAAACAUGGUGUAAUUUCCUCUACAUCAAUAAAGUGUGUAGUGAAACAAGAUAUUAAUGAUUGUUCACAACUUCAGAGCAAGGAAUUAACUUUGCAAGUCGACGGAACUGCAAGAUUGGCAAAACCGUGGACAUGGAAAUGUGGAGAAUUGUCUGGUUUUGUGAAAGGAGACUUUCUUUUCCAUGAUAACGCUGUGCUUACAAAAUUUAACAAACUUUGUGUGGUUGGUAAUUUCCGAAUUUUUCGAACAUCCAGUGUCCGUGUUCACGAAGGUGGUGAGCUAAUCAUUGGUGAGGAAUUUGAAAAUAACAGUGUUUUAUACAGUGAUAAAAAUCUUAGUUUAACUCUUGGUUAUCUGAAACAAGCAAGAGGGAGUUCUAUCCACAGCAAUGAAGAUCUUCUUGUGGCUUUAUAUAAGAAAAUUGAGGAUAUUUGGUUUGGAAAUAUCUAUGCUUAUCAUCAUCUCUUUCUCCAGGUGCGAGAACGAGUUGUUUGUGACGCUUUAUGUGUUGCAAAAGAAGUUCAUCUGGAAUUCUUCGGAGAGCGUCCGCAAUUCGUUGUCACACAAGUUCUUCUUGCUGAGGAAGGCAGCUUGAACAUGUGGGCUGAAAAUGAAUAUGAAAGCGCUAAUUUUCUCUUGUCUGGAAAACUAAGUUCUCAUGGAAUCCAAGCAGAAACAGCAAGUGUGUGCGUUCUGCCUGGUGGAGUUGCCGAACUCACUUGUGAAUCAAAUGUCAAUGAAGUUGAUGUGAUCACAAGAUGGCUGAAUAUCAGCAAUCAAGCAGUCAUGAUAAGCAAAUCGAAAGAAAACAAAGAAUCAGAAAUCAUAGAGAAUUUUAACUUAACAACCAACGUUUACUGUGAGGAAUCUCUUGUUGUUGAUGGGGCUUUGGGGGCCUUUGGUUCAGAUCUUAGCAUUUACUGCGAGGCCUUGAGAAACAACGGAGUAAUAAAACUAUCUACAAUUGAUCGUUCCUCCAGCUUACUUCACAUUGAAUGUGACAAAGAGCUUUUCAACUCUGGCACAAUUGGAUCAGAAGGAAACAUGACCAUUGAUGCGAUGAUUGUCUCUAAUGAAACUGGUGUGAUAAAGUCUUCACCAAGUCUUAGAAUUUCUACAAAUUUUCUUGGUGCAACAUCAUUGUGUGGCCAAAUCCUUGUCGACAAACAACUAUUUAUUCAUUCAAAAUCAGAAAAAGAGCUUAUGUUGAAUGUGAUUGGUGGAAAAAGCGAAGGUGAGCGGCAUUUUAUCCCUCCUGAUCAACUUGAAGUGAAAUGCAAAAAGGCUGAUUUAAAAAUCGAUUCAAGUAUCAUAUGUCCGGAAAUAAAUCAACAGCUGUCAAACGAAAACGAAGGUGAGAGUUCUAUAAUGGUUCUCAGUCUACACAAGUGUUUGAGUCUAACAAAAGAAUGUAAAUUGGAAGAUGUUCGUGUUCAAUUCAUCCAGAUUGAACAAGAGGACAACAACAAUUCAGAAGAACCCUCAAAAUUCGUAGUCCUGGAUUCAUUUAAAGUAAAAUCACUUUAUCUUUCUUCUGGAAAUGCGCUGGAGUCUGAUGUGGUAAGGAAAGGCACGGUAUCGUUUGGAGGUUCAAACAAGUCAACUGUUGUUGAUACUCUUGAAGUCGAUGAAGCAAUUCGUGAAGUUAUAUUUGGAACAGAAAAUCUGUUUGUUUGCACAGAUGCAGUUCUAGACUGUGAAAUGGCUACAAUAAAAACUGACAGUGUUCUAGAGUGUUCGGAAGUUCACGCAAACAACGUGAAUGUUUAUGGACAGAUGAGAUGCAUGGGAAGAAGCUCCGAAGAAAAGAAAUCCUUGGUUAAAGUUAAGAAUACUUUCAGUGUAGACGGCAGUGUUGAAUGUGCUGGUUCUGUUGAAAUCUUCAUUGGUGAAUCAUUUGUACAAGCAGAAGAUGGAAAUAUAGCCGUAGAAGGAGACCUUCUAUUAAAAAUCGUCAACGAAAAUGGUCACCUCUCUUUGGAAGGUUCGACUAAAGGCCAAAAAGAAUCAAUUAUGAAAGUUGAAAGUGAUAACAUCAAAGUUUCAGGAUGUUUGUCAGAAGUUCAUACUCUUAGUUUAAACGCCGAAAUGGACAUGGCACUUUCCGAGAAAAGUAGAAUUUCAUGUGAGGAAAUUGACGUGAAAGGAGAAUGGAUUACAACUGCAGGAACGAUUGAUGGAUUCAACAAACUGAGCAUCGAACCAUGGGCAAUAAUGAACUCUGGUAUUAUUGAUUCCGAGAACGACUCCUCUAAUAUUUUCUUCCAGUCUGAUUUAACCAUGAUUAACAGUGGUAUUUGUCGUGCACAGAUGACGUAUCUCGAAGCACCAUUCUUGUUAAAUCUUCCUGGUAAAGUAAUUUCUGAUGUGAAUGACGUCACUUGUUGCCAAUUGGUUGGUAAAGAGCAGCUUAAGUUAGAAAGCAUUGCCUGUUUUCUGGGUGGUUCUUCUCUUCGCUCGUGUAAAAGAUACGAGAAUUUGAGCGUGUUGCUGUUCAAAUUUUUAACCUAUGUUGCCUGCACGCCUGAUUCGAAGAGUUUAGAGGCAUGGUCGAAAGCAGCAGAGUCCCUGAGGAACAUUCAAUCACAGAUUACUCCCGAUGCUAGUAAACAAGAUUCGACCAAAUUAAAAACCCUGAUGAAUUCGAAGGAUAUAGUUACAGGAACCGAAGUUGAUUUGAGGAUUGCGAGGAUGUAUGACAUGGUUAACGAUUUUGUUGCUCUAAUUUUGAAGAACGGUAUCAAGUCGUUUGAUGCAACGGAACUAGUGCAUAUCCUAACAAUCGAGAGUGAACGAUACACGAAGAUCAACAUUUUAAAGGAAAAAUUACUAAAAAUUCCAGAAAGAGCGAGGGCGAUACGUGAGCUAAUGAAAAAAAGAGCAAUCAGAAUAAAGAAAUCAGUCAGAAAAAAGUUUGGAUUUUCAGAUCCUAAAAUGCAAAGUCAACAACAGGAUGGCAUCUUUGAAUCUGGAUUUUACUCGUUUGGUGAAGGUGUUACAUUUACUGACUUCCUGUAUGAAGCCGCAUUUGUUGAAGUAUUUCGCGAUGAAGGUUUCUUAUUUGCUGUGGAUUUCUUAGCUAGUGCCAAAGAUGUCGUUUUGAGUAAACGAGAAAAGAAAGCGGUGGCAAUGGUAAUAUAUUCAGAAAAACUAAACAUGGAAAACGUUGAUGCUGUCUAUGCACAGGUUACGACUGAUGAAGCAAAACUUAAGAACAUCAAAACUAAAACGUUGGAUGUGAAUGCACGUGAAUCCGUUGAAGCAGAAAAAAUUACGAGUGAUCAACUCCAAAUACAAGGAGGCAAAGACUUGAAAGCUACAGAGGUGUGUGCUCAGAACGCUGUCAUGACAGCCAAGAAUAUAAAGCUUAAAGGUAUCAAAUCAACGAACUUACUAGAUGUUCAAGCAAGUAAAGUAGUAGAUCUAACAGACAUCCAAGGUUCCAAUGUUCAACUGCAAGCCAAAGAUAUCAGCGCAACAAAUGUAGAUGCAAAUACCGUUGUUUUAAAUGCGACCAAUCAUGCACGCCUCGAAGACAUUAACUCUGACAAUUUAAAUGUAAAAUCAAGUCAAACAAUCGUUGCAGAAAGAAUAAAAGGGAAAAGUGUUCACAUGGAAAGCAAUAAUAUCAAUGUUUCAAAAUUAGAUGCAAAGAAUGCAAGUGUCAAUGCCGCAAAUAACGUACGUCUUAAAAACAUCCAGGCUGACAACUUACAAGUACAAGCGACAAAAACAGUCGAUGCAGAAAACAUAAAAGGGAAAAAUAUUCACAUGGAAAGCAGAACGAUAAAAGCUAGCAAUGUUCGCAGCGAACUAGCAGUAUUAUCUGGUCAACAGGACGUUCAAGUUGGGGAUAUAAAGAGUAAAACGGCAUUGAUCAAGUCAUCCCAAGGAAAGGUAAAGGCCACUGGCAAAAUUGAGUCACACAAUGCGAAAAUUGAAAGUCAAAAUGGAAUUGACCUAGCUUACAACAAGAACGGGAGUUUAACUGCUGAUCAUCAGUUUAGAAGUCUACAAAUGAAGACAAACAAGAUUAAUGAAGUCAAUAAAUUGCUUAAGGGAGAUGGAAUUUAUAAAGAUUUAAAAAUUUCUGAUCAACUUGGUUUAGUUGUGUCAGAUCAGGAUGUAAUUUUUUCAAGAUGUGUUGUUCAACAAAAUUACAAACUAGAUUUAAAUGCAAGAUCCGUGAAUAUUGACAAUGCUUCGUUAAAUUGGAGCAAAGGAGCAUCGAUUACGUCAGAUAAAACAAUGAAAGUAAAUGACUCAUCAAUUACAUCACAAAAGUCUAUUUCUCUUGAAUCAAAGUCAGGAGAUGUCAACAUGAAUUUGUCUGAAGUUAAAGCUGGUGAAAUUGCAAAGAUUGAAGCAAGAAAAGGUUCAGUAUCACUGAGCGGUACUUCAAUUUCUGGUGAUCAGGCAGCAAUUGUUAAAGCCAAAGGAGAUGUAAUUAUUGAUCCUGUGGUGGAACGUCAUUCAAAUUCUUCUAGCCGUAGAGGAUUCUUUAGUUCUUCUAGACAGUCAUCUUCUUAUUCAACUGUCACCAAAUCAGGUAUCUCAUCAUCCAAAGGAAUAGUUGCAGUUGAAGCAGAAGAAGGCAAAGUUCAAGCAACAGCAACAGAAUUUACUGCAGAGAAAGGAGUUUUUAUUUCGGCCAAGAAAAAUAUUAUAAUCCAAGAUAAAAUAACCAUCCGUGAAGAAGUAAGUGUCAAAAAGAACUGGUUUCGAACAAAGAGAAGCGUACAUAGAACUGAAGAAAGCCAUAAAUCAUUGAUAAAUUCUCGAGGUCCAGUUUGUAUGAAAUCAAAAGAAAAUAUCCGCAUUACUGGAACCGAUAGUGCUGUUCAAGGUGAUAUGUUUCUUGAAGCUGCAGGAACUGUCUUGAUCCAGGACAGAAUAUUAUCAAAGUCAGAAGAGAGACAUACGAGUGGAUUCUCUUUUUCCCCAGAAAAAGGGUUAUCGUGUGGAGAGUCAAACAAACAACUUCAUCAACAACAGCUAGCCGGUUCAAAACUACAAGUUGGAGGAAAUCUCGUUAUGAAGGGCAAAAAUGUUUUUGUUAAAAACGCAAUGGAAAUGGACACCAAGAAUUUGGUUGUCGAUGCAGAAAAUGUUAAAUUCGAAGGAGCUGAAUUGAACAACUCAUAUUCAGAAAGAAGUUCCUCGGUAAACUUUGGUUUUAUGUCCUUCGAUAUUACAGAAGAGAAAGGAUGGGGAAAAGAGAAAAAAAUUAUCAAUCAGAACAUAAAUGUGCUUGGCCAAGCAAAUUUCAUUAAUUGCAAAAACGUUACAUUGGCAGCUAGUAACUUGGAUACUGGAGCAAUCUCCGGAUAUGUUGAAAAUCUUAAUGUAAUUUCUAAGCAGACGGAAGUUGAAGCUAAAAAGCAAACAGAAACUCUCGGCUUUGUUGUAAGCGGGUGCCUACCAGUUCCCAGCAAAUAUGGUGCGAGUGAAAGUUGUGACAAGGGGAAAUUUGUUGAAAAGUCAAGUGGGAUUCACGUUCGUGGAUCUAUUAAUAACGAGUUUAAAGUAGGUACCGUGUAUUUGAAAGGCUCAGCUGUAACAGCAAACGGUGACAUUGCUAAGUUUGUCGAUAAUGUAAUAUCGGAAAAAAUAACCAGUUAUCGAUCUCAGACGACGUCGGGAUUUAAUUUUGGCAUUAGUAAGACAAGUGUUGAGUUAGGAAUUCAUCAAAGCGAGAAAUUCAUGGAAAUGGAGCAUAAUGCAACAAUUGGGUCAUUUUCUGGAACUGUUGCCAAUGAAGUAAAACAAUCUGUAAACACAGAUCUUUCUAAACAUAGCCAAAUAACACAAAUGCGUAAUUCUAAUUUAGGAUUUAAUGUUAGAGCAGGAAAAGACGGUGGUGCAGCAUCUCUGCAAGUUGAUGAUGUCGGUGUUGGAUUUUCCGCUUCAAAACACGAAAUUGGAGUUCGUGGUCAAGUUGGUGAUAAAGGAUUUAGUGCUUCUGGUGGAUCAUCUGGUGCUUCAUUAUCUUUGCAAAAUGGGGAAAACAGUAUAGGAGUUGGUUUAACAAAUCAAGGCAUUGAUAUGAACAUUCGCUCAGGGGAUACUGCAAUCGGAGCAUCGCUUGGAAAAAAUGCUAUAUCUGCCACAGCCCAGUCUAAAGACGUCUCUCUCGGAGCCUCUACCAGCAACGGAUCCACAACAGUUCAAACAAAAAUAGGCGAUUUUCAAAGUGGUAUAACAAGAAACGAAAAUUUAGAAUCUGGUGAACGAUCAACAUCAGCAUACAUCAGCAAAGGAGAAUUUGAAGUUUCUGGAGCUACUUCAAAACACUCAAAAUCAUUUGCAUUGAAAGGUGGAGAGUACGGAUUUGGGCUUGAAAAAUCGAAGGAAACACCAGCAGCAAAAUCAAAAUACUCCGGGAACAUAAAAGCGCGAAAUAUCGAAAUUGAGGCUUCGUCUUCAAAAUACCACAAAACGUUUGGACUGACAGCUGGAGAAUAUCAAACUAAAUUCAACAAAGAAAAGGAUGCAAAGACAGGAAAGUCAAAAUAUGAUGGAAAUCUAAGGCUAGGCGAUGCCAAAUUAGAAGCUUCAUAUUCGAAAGACAAGAAAUCUUUGGGAGUGGAAACGCCAGAAUUUCAAACUAAAUUGAACAAGGAGAAAGAUUCAAAAACAGGAAAGUCAAAAUAUGAUGGAAAUCUAAGGCUAGGCGAUGCCAAAUUGGAAGCCUCAUAUUCAAAAGACAAGCAAUCGUUUGGACUGGAAACCCCAGAAUUUCAAACUACAUUGAACAAGGAGAAAGAUUCAAAAACAGGAAAGUCAAAGUAUGAUGGAAAUAUAAGGCUUGGUGAUGCCAAACUGGAAGCUUCAUAUUCAAAAGACAAGCAAUCGUUUGGACUGCAAACUCCAGAAUUUCAAACUAAAUUGAACAAGGAGAAAGAUUCAAAAACAGGAAAGUCAAAGUAUGAUGGAAAUAUAAGGCUUGGUGAUGCCAAACUGGAAGCUUCAUAUUCAAAAGACAAGCAAUCGUUUGGACUGGAAACCCCAGAAUUUCAAACUAAAUUGAACAAGGAGAAAGAUUCAAAAACAGGAAAGUCAAAGUAUGAUGGAAAUAUAAGGCUUGGUGAUGCCAAAUUGGAAGCUUCAUAUUCACAAGACAAGCAAUCAUUUGGACUGCAAACUCCAGAAUUUCAAACUAAAUUGAACAAGGAGAAAGAUUCAAAAACAGGAAAGUCAAAGUAUGAUGGAAAUGUAGGGCUUCGUGAUGCCAAAUUGGAAGCUUCAUAUUCAAAAGACAAGCAAUCGUUUGGACUGACAACUCCAGAAUUUCAAACGAAAUUGAACAAAGAGAAAGAUUCAAAGACAAGAAAGUCAAAGUAUGAUGGAAAUGUAAGGCUUUUUGAUGCCAAAUUGGAAGCUUCAUAUUCAAAAGACAAGACAUCUUUUGGACUGGCAACUCCAGAAUUUCAAACUAAAUUGAACAAAGAGAAAGAUUCAAAAACAGGAAAGUCAAAAUAUGAUGGAAAUCUAAAGCUUGGUGAUGUUAAAGUUGAAGCUUCAUCUUCGAAAGAAAAGGCAUCUUUUGGACUGGCAACUCCGGAAUUUCAAACCGAACUAAACAAAGAAAAAGAUUCAAAAACAGGAAAGUCAAAAUAUGAUGGAAUUCUAAAGCUUGGUGAUGUUAAAGUUGAGGCUUCGUCUUCGAAAGACAAGAAAUUGUUUGGACUGGAAACUCCAGAAUUGCAAACCGAACUGAACAAAGAAAAAGAUUCAAAAACAGGAAAGUCAAAAUAUGAUGGAAAUCUAAAACUUGGUGAUGUUAAAGUUGAAGCUUCGUCUUCGAAAGACAAGGCAUCUUUUGGACUGGCAACUCCGGAAUUUCAAACCGAACUAAACAAAGAAAAAGAUUCAAAAACAGGAAAGUCAAAAUAUGAUGGAAUUCUAAAGCUUGGUGAUGUUAAAGUUGAGGCUUCGUCUUCGAAAGACAAGAAAUCGUUUGGACUGGAAACUCCGGAAUUGCAAACCGAACUGAACAAAGAAAAAGAUUCAAAAACAGGAAAGUCAAAAUAUGAUGGAAAUCUAAAACUUGGUGAUGUUAAAGUUGAAGCUUCGUCUUCGAAAGACAAUGCAUAUUUUGGACUGGAAACUCCAGAAUUGCAAACCGAACUGAACAAAGAAAAAGAUUCAAAAACAGGAAAGUCAAAAUAUGAUGGAAAUCUAAAACUUGGUGAUGUUAAAGUUGAAGCUUCGUCUUCGAAAGACAAGGCUUCUUUUGGAUUGGAAACUCCAGAAUUUCAAACUGAACUAAACAAAGAAAAAGAUUCAAAAACAGGAAAGUCAAAAUAUGAUGGAAAUCUAAAGCUUGGUGAUGUUAAAGUUGAAGCUUCGUCUUCGAAAGACAAGAAAUCUUUUGGACUGGAAACUCCAGAAUUUCAAACUAAAUUGAACAAAGCGAAAGAUUCAAAGAAAAGAAAGUCAAAGUAUGAUGGGAAUCUAACACUUGGUGAUGCCAAAUUGGAAGCUUCAUAUUCGAAAGACAAGAAAUCUUUUGGACUGCAUAAAUCUCCAGAAUUUCAAACCGAACUAAACAAAGAAAAAGAUUCAAAAACAGGAAAGUCAAAAUAUGAUGGAAAUCUAAAGCUUGGUGAUGUUAAACUUGAAGCUUCGUCUUCGAAAGACAAGAAAUCUUUUGUACUCGAAAUGCCAGAGUUUCAAACUGAAAUGAACAAAGAAACUACUUCAACAUAUCCAGAAACGAAGGGUGAUGGAAUUGCGUGUACAUCUGUGCAAAGUUUGGAAUGA